AAUCGGGCGAGGAGGUUUAGUCUUAGUGAGAGUUGAGUGAAGGAAGGGUGUGUGUUGUGUGUGUGUGUGUGCCCCCCACGCGCCCUUGCCAGCCUCUCUUCAUGCUGCAAUCCUCUGCCGGCCAGUCAUCGUAGGGUAGUCUCUAUCUAUAGGAAGGCCGACCAUGUUCAGGCCACUUCGGGGGGGCGCCCUGGUCCUCCUACUCGGGGUCCUCGCCUCUGCCCAACUCAAGAAGGAAGACGCUAUUUUCCACUGUCCUGAGGGAUGGGAGAUCAGGGGACAGUACUGCUACAAAUUCUUCGACAUCAGACAUUCGUGGGACAAGGCGGCCCAGUUGUGCAAACGGUUCGGCUCAGAUCUGGUGCUGGUGGAGAGCUAUGAACAGAACAAUUUCACCAACACCCUGGCGAAACGCUCUCUGGAUGACGCCGCAAACAGCUACUGGUUGGGGCUCGUCACCCUCAACGACCUUUCCACCAACACCCUCGGCAGCGCCAGCGGGAAGCACGUGUCCUUGUACUCAGGCUUCUGGUCACAGGGGCAGCCGCAGGUGUCAGGUGGAGAGUGCGUGCGUGCGCGGCUCACUGACCAGCACCAGUCAUGGGAACUGAGCACCUGCGAGAACCUGCUUCCAUUCAUGUGUCGCGUCCAGGCCUGCACCAGCGGCUCCGUCCACUGCUCCAAUGGCAGAUGCGUCAACAAGGCGUUCAUGUGUGACGGCCAGAAUGAUUGCGGUGACAUGUCAGACGAGACGGACUGCCCCGACCGAUGCCACUUCUACAUGCGCACGUCGGGAGCCUCCAUCGAGAGCCCCCAGUACCCCAAGAAGUACGGCCCCAACAUGGACUGCAAGUGGACUCUGGAGGGACCCGUCGGCCACAACAUUGUCCUCCAGUUCUUCGAGUUUGACACCGAGAAGAACUUUGACACCGUGCAGAUCCUUAGUGGGGGACGCACCGAGGACUCUGCCGUGUCCCUCACCACGCUCUCCGGACGACAGGACCUCGCUGACCGUCUCUUCAUCUCCGCCUCUAACUUCAUGAUCCUCAAGUUCAGGACUGAUGCCACUGUGGAGAAGAGAGGUUUCAGAGCCUCAUGGAAGACAGAACCUCAAGACUGUGGAGGAGAGCUGAUUGCAACACCCCAGGAGCAGAUCAUGACCUCCUACAACUACCCACUCGAGUACCCAGGCGGCCUCGAGUGUCUGUACCUCAUCCGGACACAGAAGGGACGCGUCAUCACUUUGGAGAUUCUCGACUUUGAGCUUGAGAAUGAGAAGGACUUCAUCUUGGUGCGUGACGGCAGCUCACCCUCUGACUCCCUGCUGGCCAGACUCUCCGGUCCUCAGGAGAAGAACCCUCGCUUCAUUGUGUCCACUGGCUCUGUCAUCUACUUCUACUUCUACACCAGCCUAGGCACCUCACACAGGGGCUUCAGGAUCAAGUACUACUCUGGGUGCUCCAUCUCUUUGGAGGACACUCAGGGCACCAUCACCUCCCCAGCAUACGGCAUCAAGGACUACCCCACCAACCAGGAGUGUCGCUACCUCCUCAGACGUCCCGGAGGUGGGCCCCUCUCCCUCAAGUUUAACAGCUUCAACGUCAAGGACAAGGAUACUGUGCAGGUGUUUGAUGGCAAGACAUCCUCAGAGGGCAUCCGUCUUCACUCUGGUGCUGGUUUCUCCGCCAACAACCCGCCCACCAUCACCCUCACUGCCGCCUCAGGAGCCAUGGUGCUGCUCUUCAACUCUGACCCCCUGCGUUCCUCUGUCGGCUGGUCUGCUAACUUCUCUGCUGACUGCCCCUCACUGGUGGCUGGCAAGGGUGCUAUUGCCUCCUCCAGGGAUACCUCCUUCGGCAGUGUGGUGACCUUCACGUGUCCUGUGGGACAGGAGUUCGCCAGCAACCGGUCCUCCAUCAUGACCACCUGCCAGCCAGGCGGAUCCUGGUCCAUUGAUUACAUUCCCAAGUGUCAAGUGGUGUAUUGUGGGCCGGUGCCUCAGAUCGACAACGGCUUCAGCAUCGGCGCCACCAAUGUCACCUAUGAGGGCCGGGCCACCUACCAGUGCUAUGCUGGCUUUGGCUUCCUCAGCGGCCAGCCCACCGAGUCUAUCAUGUGCACAGAGAAGGGACACUGGGAGAGGCUUCCAGAGUGCAUGGCUUCCCAGUGCCCACCACUCCCCGAAACACCUCAUGCUGAGACAGAUAUCCUCAAUGGAGGUGGCCGCAGCUAUGGCACAGUGGUGAGGUUUGAGUGUGAGCCGGGCUACUUCCGCACCGGCUUGCCCGUCAUCCACUGCAUGACCAACGGCUCCUGGUCUGGCGAGGUGCCCACCUGCUCCAGGAUCAGGUGCCACCAGUUCCCAGAGAUUGCCAAUGGGUUCGUGACAGACCUGUCUAGAGAUUACUACUUUGGGGAUGAGGCGCGAGUCCAGUGUCACCGAGGGUACCGCCUGAUGGGUUCCGCUAUCAUCCAGUGUGGCCCAGAGCAACAGUUCAUCAAUCUGCCUACAUGUCAAGACAUCAACGAGUGUGAGGCUGCCCAGUGUGACGCCGCCUCCACUGAGUGCCACAAUAGCCCCGGCGCCUUCUCCUGCAAGUGCAAGGAUGGCUUCAGGCCAAACCUGGACUGUCGGCCAAGAGGUGACUUGGGUGUGUCUGAUGGCGGGAUUCCUGAUGAUGCCAUAUUUGUGUCCUCUACGGCUGCUGGCUAUGAAAAGAAUACGGUUCGGCUCAAUUCUCAGCUGGGAUGGUGUGGCGCUGUGCCGGUGCCAGGCCGUAACUGGGUCAUGGUGGAUCUCCGUGUGCCUACUGUCAUUUUUGGCUUCCGCACACAGCCGGUGAAUCGUCCUGAGGGCAAGAUUGCCUUUGCCAAGUCCAUUCGCCUGCAGUACACAGACGACCUCACUGAUGUGUUCCGUGAAUACACCAACAAUGACGGCUCCCCUGUUGAGUUCCGCAUCACCUCCGGUGCCUCCCUCUCAGUGGUCAACUUGCCCACGCCCGUUGAGGCACGUUACAUCCGCCUCAACAUUGCUGACUAUGAUGAAGCUCCAUGCCUCAAGUUUGAGCUGAUGGGAUGUGCUCGUCAGGACUGCACCGACAUCAACGAGUGUGGUGAGAACAAUGGUGGCUGUGACCAGCGCUGCAUCAAUUCCCCAGGGUCCUUCUCCUGCCUCUGUAAUGUGGGCUAUGAGCUCUUUACAGAAAAUGGCACUGCAGGAUUCCACAUUGAUCAAUCUGAAUCUGGCCUGAGGGACGGCGACCGCUACCAGCUGAACAAGACCUGUGUGCGCAAGAUGUGCCCAACACUGACCUCGCCAGAGAAUGGCAUCCUGCUGGACACCCGCAAAAUGUUCCACUAUGGUGACAUGGUCAGCUUCCAGUGCAACUUUGGAUAUGUGAUGGUGGGCACAGACACAUUGGUCUGUACCAGCAGUGGUAUUUGGAAUGGCACUCUGCCAGAGUGCCGCUAUGCAAGCUGUGAGCUCCUGCCUGAUGACGCUGCCCAAGGCCUCAAUCUUAUAGGGGGUGAUGCAGAGACCUCUCUCGUGCCCUUCAUGCAGAAUGUCACUGUGUCCUGUAGUGCUGAGGGCCGUCCAUUGAGAGACACCCUCACUGCUGGUUUCCGUCAGUGUGUGUAUGAUCCUCUGACCGGCAGAACUGACUACUGGCUGUCUGGCGUCAUUCCAGAGUGUCCCCGUGUGGACUGUGGCGAACCUGCUGAGACACCAGGUGCCACGUAUGGCUUCACUCUGGACACACAGUUCCAGUCUUCUUUCUUCUUUGGGUGUGAGGAGACCUUCAGUCUGGCAGGUCAGACAAGCCUCAAUGACAAUGCUGUGCGCUGCCAAGAUGACUCCACCUGGGACUUUGGUGACCUGCGCUGUGAGGGACCUGUCUGUUCUGACCCAGGCCAUCCUCCGGAGGGUGUGCAGGUUGCCACCAGCUAUGAGCAAGGUUCCAAGGUGAGCUUCCAAUGCACUCGGCAAGGUUACAUCCCCAUCACGGACGACCCCAUCACCUGUGUGCGGGAGCCUGAGUGCCGCGUGGUGGCACCCAUUGGCAUCACUUCAGGCAAGAUCCCAGCAUCUGCCAUCAAUGCCACCUCACAACGAGUGAACUAUGAGGCUUUCAACAUUCGUCUCAACUCUGCCACAGGCUGGUGUGGACAGCAGGAAGCUUUCACCUAUGUGGCUGUGGACCUGGGUGUGGUGCACCGUGUCAAGGCCAUGCUGGUGAAGGGCGUCAUCACCAAUGAUGUUGUGGGACGACCCACAGAGAUUCGCUUCUUCUACAAGGAGAACGAGGCAGACAACUAUAUUGUGUAUUACCCGAACUUCAACCUGACAGCACGGGACCCUGGCAACUAUGGUGAGCUGGCCAUGAUCACACUACCAACUGUGGUGAAGGCACGCUUCGUCAUCCUGGGCAUCGUGAGCUACGACAAAAACCCUUGCCUCAAGUUUGAGCUGAUGGGCUGCCAAGAUGAGCCCCCCAGCCAGCGCCUGCUCGGCUAUGACAUGGGAUACCCAUGGUGUGUUGACAAUGAGCCACCACAGUUUGCUGAUUGUCCCAUCAAUCCCAUUGUGGUACAGAAGAAUGUGGAUGGCUACCAGGCUGUCAAUUUCACAGUGCCCACUGCCUUUGAUAACUCUGGUAGCAUUGCCAGGACUGAAGUUCGCCCUGCUGGAUUUGCACUACCAAAGUUUGUUCUUGAGGAUAUGAUGGUUGAGUAUCUUGCCUUUGACUUUGAUGGAAAUGUUGCCAUUUGUCAGAUCAACAUCACGGUUCUGGAUGACACCCCACCUGCCCUCACGUGUCCACAGAGCUAUGUCAUUGAGCUGGUGGAGCAGCAAGAGAACUAUCGUGUCAAUUUCAACUCAUCCAUCACACUUGCCAGUGUUAACGUGAGCGACAACAGUGGCGAGUAUCAGCUUCAGGUGCGACCUGAGGUGGCCCUGAUCAGGGUGGGCGGCUACGAGAAUGUCAGUGUUAUUGCUACUGAUCCAUCAGGCAACACAGCUGCCUGUAGCUUCCAGGUGGCUGUGCAAGCCACAGCUUGUGUUGAAUGGGAGCUGAAACCACCAGCUAAUGGACGACUCAACUGUGCCCCAGACUUGGGUGAAGGUGUGGAGUGUAUAGCCACCUGUGAUUCAGGCUUUAGGUUCACUGACAACAUGCCCUCCAAGACUUUCACUUGCAAACAGGACCUGUCAUGGCAGCCAACCCGUGUCGUGCCAGACUGUGUCAGUGAAAACACACAGCAAGCAAACUAUGAUGUGGUGGCUGACGUGACGUACCGUGCCAAUGGAGCUGUCCAGCCCACCUGUCUGCCUCAGUACAAGUCCCUACUGGAGCAGUACUAUGAGAGCCUGAAUGGGGUGCUUUCUGGUAGAUGUUCUGCUGCCUUCAAUGUGGCGAUUGACCUUGUGUUCCAAGACACACGUUUGGACCUGACUGAGGAGAAUGUGGUCUCUGUGGAGUAUGUGGUGCGUCUCACACCAGAGGUGAAUCAGAAGGAGUUGUAUGACCUGUGUGGCUCCACACUGUCCCUCAUCUUUGAUCUUAGUGUGCCCUCCACCUCAGCUGUGAUUGAGCCACUCCUUAGCCUGUCCUCUGCCGGUAACGCCUGCCCACCCAUGCGUGCCCUCAACUCCAAUGUGACACGUGGCUUCACCUGCAAUGUUGGUGAGGUACUCAAUACAGAGACCACUGUGGUGCCCCGCUGCUUGCACUGCCCUGCAGGAACCUAUGCACCCCAGAAUGAGGGAAUGUGCUCCCCAUGCAAGCGGGGAUUCUACCAAGAUGAGAGUCGCCAGGGUUCCUGCAAGCAGUGUCCACCUGGCACCUACACACGUCAUGAAGGCAGCAAGGCUCUGCUUGACUGUGUGCCUGUUUGUGGUUAUGGAACUUACUCUCCCACUGGCCUGGUACCAUGCCUCAACUGUCCCCACAACUCCUACACAGAGACACCCCCUGUGGAUGGGUUCAAGGAAUGCAAGGCCUGUCCUCCUGAAACUUUCACUUACUCUGCUGCCACUUCCUCACAACAGCUGUGCCGCCGCAAGUGCCGCCCAGGUGCUUACUCUGACACUGGCCUGGAGCCCUGUGCCCUCUGCCCUGUCAACUUCUACCAGCCCUUCGAAGGCCGCACCACCUGCCUCGAGUGUGAGACUGGCAACCGCACUGUGAAUGCUGGCUCAACCACCCCUCGUGACUGUCAGUCUGUCACCUGCACAGAAGGCACCUGCCAGAAUGGUGGAGUGUGCCUGGCACGGCAGCACCAGGUGCAGUGCUACUGUCCUGCAGGCUUCACUGGCAGGUUCUGUGAGGUUGAUGUGAAUGAGUGUGCCUCAAGGCCUUGCUACAAUGGUGGCACCUGUGUUGACCUGCCACAGGGUUACCGCUGUGACUGCCCCACCAGCUACAGUGGCCAGCAGUGCCAGGAAGAAGAGACAGACUGUGUGGAGGAUGCCUGUCCAGCCCGCGCCAUGUGCAAGGAUAACCCCGGCAGGAACUCUUACGAGUGCCUCUGCCGCUCUGGCUACACAGGUCCCGCCUGCAACAUCACUGUCAACCCGUGCACAGAGAGUGGCAAUCCAUGUGCCAAUGAUGCCAUCUGUGUCCCACUAGAGCAGGGUCGCUUCCGCUGCCAGUGUCAGCCUGGCUGGGAAGGUCGUCUCUGUGAGACCAACAUUGACGACUGUGCCGACAUCCCGUGUCUCCUGGAUGCCAACUGCACUGACCUCGUGCAUGACUUCCGCUGCGACUGUCCCGCUGGGUUCACUGGCAAGCGGUGCCACGUCAAGGUGGACCUGUGCCAGCCUUCCCCUUGUGCUAAUGGCAUUUGUGUUGAUCGAUUCUUUGAACAUGAGUGCAUCUGUCACCCGGGAUGGUCAGGUGAGGAAUGUGACAUCAACGAUGACGAGUGUGCCUCCAACCCCUGCAUGAAUGGUGGCCAGUGUCUGGAUGAGGUGGAUGGCUUCCGCUGUGCCUGUGACACUGGUUACACAGGCAGCAUCUGCCAGCACACCAUUGAUGAUUGUGCUUCUGACCCAUGCCAGAAUGGUGGCACCUGUGUGGAUGAGCUGGAUGGUUUCACCUGUGAGUGCCGGCCAGGCUUCGUGGGCUUGCAGUGCGAGGCAUCCAUUGAUGAGUGUAUCAGCAAUCCCUGCAAUCCUGAGGGCACCGCCAAGUGUCUCGACCUGGACAACAUGUUCCGCUGCCGCUGCAACCCAGGCUACGAGGGAGAAUUCUGUGAGCACAACAUCAAUGAAUGUUCCUCCAGCCCAUGCAUGAAUGGUGCCAUCUGUAUCGAUGGUGUGAAUGAUUUCUCAUGCACCUGCAAGGCAGGUUGGACCGGAAAGCGAUGUGAGAAUGACAUUGGUGGCUGUGACGGCCUGCCGUGCCUCAACGCUGCCCAGUGCAUCAACCUGUUCCAAGACUACUUCUGUGUUUGUCCCUCCGGCACUGAUGGCAAGCGGUGCCAAGUGACUCCCGAGCGGUGUGUGGGCAACCCCUGCAUGAAUGGCGCCUCGUGCCAGGACUACGGCUCCGGCCUCAACUGUACUUGUUCCAGGGAUUACACCGGUGUGGGGUGCCAGUAUGAGUUUGACGCCUGUGAGGCCGGACUGUGCCAGAAUGGUGCCACCUGUGUGGACCGUGGUGCUGGGUAUGAGUGUGUAUGUCCUCCAGGAUACACAGGCACUCACUGUGAUCAGGACAUCAUGGACUGUACCCAGACAUCCUGCCCACCAGGAGCAACCUGCAUUGACCUCACAAAUGACUUCUAUUGCAAAUGUCCCUUCAACCUCACUGGUGAGGAUUGCAGGAAAGUCAUCAACAUUGACUAUGAACUUUACAUCAAUGAUGAAAGCAAAGCCUCCAGUGCAUCCCUGGCCACGCCCUUCGAGCUGGGUGAGGCCACCUCUUUCACCCUGGCCUUCUGGGUACAGUUUGCUGUCCAGGAUGAUCUUGGCACCAUCUUCACUCUCUACUCUGUCUCGAGCCCCUACGUGCCCACCAACAGGCGGGUGCUGCUGCAGGCCACCAACACUGGCAUAGCAAUAGAGUUCUUUGAGGACAUCAAGGAGUUUGUGACGUAUCGCACCAACAUUCCAGUGAAUGACGGCCAGUGGCAUCAUGUGGCACUGGUGUGGGACGGCAUGGCUGGCACCAUCACACUGACCACCGAUGCUGUGGUCGUGGCUCAGGUGGAAGACUUUGGUCAAGAUCGCCACCUGCCCAUGUUUGGCUGGGUCACACUGGGAUCAGUGGAAUCUGAAUUUAGCGGCUACAAGAAUGAGCGAGGCUUCCAUGGUCGCAUUGCUCGCCUCAACGCAUGGAACAGACCACUGGACUUCAGAGCAGAAAUUCCCAAGAUGGUUCGCUCCUGCAUGAACUCCCCUGUGAUGUUUGACGGCCUGCUGCUGCGCUGGUCCGGCUACGACAAGGUGAAGGGCAAUGUGGAGCGCAUUGGACCAUCCACCUGUGGCCAGUAUGUGUGUCCACCAGGCUACACCAGGGAUUGCAUGGUGCUGGAGAGGGACAAGACACCACCCCGCAUUGACCACUGCCCCGGCGACAUGUGGGUCAUCACUCACAAUGGCUCUGCUGUGGUGGACUGGGAUGAGCCACUCUUCACCGACAACAUUGGCGUCACAAACCACCUUGACAAAUCAGGCUACUCUCCAGGACAGGCCUUCUCCUGGGGCACCUACGAUGUGGCCAGAGUGGCUUAUGAUGCUGCAGGAAAUGCCGGCACCUGCUACUUCAAGGUGUAUGUGUUGGAGGACUUCUGCCCCAAGCUGGAGGAUCCUGUGGGUGGCAUCCAGCGCUGCACUGACUGGGGCCCCGGUGGCAGGUUCAAGGUGUGCAAGAUUGAGUGUAAUGAAGGACUCAAGUUCUCCACUGAGGUACCAGACUUCUACACCUGUGGAGCUGAAGGCUUUUGGCGCCCCACAGAGGACCCCACCGCCCAAAUGGUGUACCCAGCCUGUGCCCCCUCCACCCCUGCCCAGAGGGUCUUCAACAUCAACAUGCAGUUCCCAUCAUCUGUCAUUUGUAAUGCUGCUGGCCAGAAUGUGCUUAGUGAGAGAAUCAGACAUGCUCUCAACAAACUCAACUCUAGGUGGAACUUCUGUACUGACACCACAGCCUCCAGUGGAAAGUGCAAUGGUCUGGACGUUUUGGUGGACUGCUCCAGGAGGAACAGAAUUGCUCGGGAAGCAGAGCCUGAGAGGCAGAAGCGCCAGGCUGCUCCAGAGACAGAUGACGUGUAUGAAGUCAAGAUUACCUUCCCAUCAGUCAAUGAUCCAAUUUCUACAACGGAUGACCAGUUAGAGUCGACGGUGAGGCAGAUCAUUGAGUCCAUCAUCCUGGAGGAAGACCAGUUUGACGUGCGGGAUGCCCUGCCCAACGUGGUGCCCGACCCGUCCUCCCUCCUGCUCAAGUCUGAGUACUCGUGUCCUGUUGGCAAGGUUGUGGUGGGCAGUGAGUGUGUGGACUGUGCCACGGGAUCUUACUACAAGCUGGAGACAAGGGAAUGUGUGCCUUGUGAGCUUGGCUCAUACCAGAAUGAGAUUGGCCAGGUGGCAUGCAAGCCUUGCCCACAAAUUGCUGGCCGUGGUGGCGUCACCAAGAACACCGGUGCCCGCUCUGUGGGUGAGUGUCAGGAACGCUGUGCUGCAGGAAGAUACUUUGAUGGGGAGAUUGGUGUGUGUCGCUCUUGUGGCUACGGCUAUUUCCAGCCUGAAGAAGGCAAGUUUGCAUGCACACGGUGUGCCCGAGGCCUCACCACCCGCACCAGGGAAGCUGUCUCCUCCUCUGAGUGCCGAGAGGAGUGUGAGUCUGGACUCCAGCUGGGCAAGACUGGACCCUGUGAGCCUUGCCAGCGUGGCACCUACCGCACAAAGGGCAUCCAUGCCGCCUGUGUGCCCUGCCCUCAGGACCGCACCACCCUGGGACCCGGUGCCUCCACCGUGGAGGAGUGCUCUCUGCCUACCUGUACUGCUGGCACCUUCCUCUCCAGCCUCAAUGGUGUGCACGAGUGUCUCAAGUGUCCCAAGGGCACAUACCAGCCUGAGGCACUGCAAACCUCUUGCAUUGACUGCCCGCAAGACACCUCCACUCGUGAUGUUGGCGCCACCUCCCUGGAGGAAUGCUCUAACCCUUGUGAGGUGCAUGGUGAGAAGAUGUUGUGUGAUCCCAAUGCUCUCUGCCUAUUCAUUGCUGAGACCAACGACUUUGAGUGUCAGUGCAAGCCAGGCUUCAACGGCACCGGGAAAUACUGCUCAGACAAGUGUGAGAACUUCUGUCAGAAUAACGGUGUCUGCAAGAAGGAUGAUGAUGGGGAACCUUACUGCGUGUGCUCCGGCUCCUUCACUGGCAACAAAUGUCACGUCAAGAGUGACUUCACAUACAUUGCUGGUGGCAUCGCAGGAGCUGUUGUGUUCCUCAUUCUGAUUGUGCUGCUCGUCUGGAUGAUCUGUAUCCGGGCCACCAGGAAGAGGGAGCCCAAGAAGAGCUUCCUUGCACAGCCCUCUAUUGACCCCAAUGGCUCUCAGGUGAACUUCUACUAUGGAGCCCCUGCACCUUAUGCAGAAAGCAUCGCUCCAUCCCACCACUCCACCUACGCUCACUACUAUGAUGACGAGGAGGAUGCCUGGGAGAUGCCAAACUUCUACAAUGAGACUUACAUGAAGACUGGAUUCCAGAAUGGCGCCGGGAACAGCCUGGCUCGGUCCAACGCCUCCAUCUACGGCAACAAGGAAGACCUGUAUGACCGCCUCCGCAAACACGCUUAUCAGGGGAAGAAAGAUAAAGAUGAGACAGGAGACAGUGACGACCAGGCCCGUUGAGAAAUUAAAUAGAACUCAUAAAAAAUUGUGUUGUAUGGUGUGUGUGAAAGCAAAAAAAGAGAGACACAGGUGCUUGCAUAGGGAUAACAACUGGCCAGCUCCCUAUUGCUCUUCUUCAUUGAGUAUUACACUGUCAGCUUUGAGAGAAAACAUGGCAUUAUCUCCUACAUAUCAGCCGCCAUUAACCGCUGGACUUAACCACUCGAAUGUCAGUCAAUCUUAAGGUGCCUUGAAUGGAGAGCAGCUGUGACUCACCCUUCUACUAUUACUGCAUUAGCUGCCAUGUCCUUUGUAUCUUUAAUGCUCAUUGUGGGAAUCUUAGUGUGUGCUGAGUGUAAGAGACUGACUGCUGAUUUUUUAUAUGAUUCUUUGGGAAAGUUUAGUAUGUUUGAAUCUGUUAGCUGGCGGGAGGCGGAGAAGGAGCCGUCAUCUGAGGUGCAAUUCAGGUGAAGUGUGGAGGAUGAAAAAUGGAUGACCUGCUCCGUCCCCACCUCAGAAAUUACUCGUGAACAUACAGUAGGUAAUAAUGAUGAGGUUUGUAGUUGUUGAACUCAGGUGUGUGUGUGUGUGUGUGUGUGUGUGUGUGUGUGUGUGUGUGUGUGUGUGUGUGUGUGUGUGUGUGUGUGUGUGUGCGCGCCCCUACCUGUCUUCUAGUACCAUUCUUUUAUACAUACACGUUGCACUCUUUUCCCUUUAAUUGUUGCAUACUAUUUAUUCAUGAUAGGAAACGAUGCCACUCUUGGACCAGUGUGUGUGUGUGUGUGUGUGUGUGUGUGUGUGUGUGUGUGCGUGCGUG